AUGGAACUUGUUUGCGCGGUAUAUCUCGCAUGCGCCCGAACAACAACUGCAGAGCGAGCACAUGUGUAUCACUCUCAUAUUGUGCAUUAUGUUGAAAAUUUGAAGACGAUAUACCCCACCUUCGCUUUGCAUCCAAAUCACCACGCUGCCUUCCACAUAUACAACUAUCUACUUCUAUUUGGCCCGGUGUCCUGCAUGAUUUGGGAAUCAUGCAUGGACAUGACUACUAGGUAUCCCCCUAAAAAACAAAGUCUGUUAGCUUAG